UCCUCACUCUUAAAAAUAAAGGUUCUUUAUUGGCAUCUAUAGUUACAUGAAACCUUUCCAUUACUCAAAAGAUUCCAUUAGUGGAAAAGGUUUUAAGAUGUUCUUAACAACCGAGAAAAAAUGGUCCAAGAACUGUUCACAGAAAGGUUCUUUGAGGAACCAAAAAUGAUCUUCUAUGGCAUCACUGAAAACCCCCUUUUGGAACCUUUAUUUUAUAGGGAGUGGACAGUUAAAAUUAAUCACAAAUUAUUUUCAGUAGUUUCAAUAUGAACAUUUGUAUCAGUGGAAGUAACCAUUUUUACUUAUAGCAGGACAAAUCGACAGUCAGACAGUGAAUUAGUAUCAAAUUAUGCACAAAAAUAUGCAACCAGUUUGGCAGGGGCAGUUGUAGGCUAAUGGUUAGAGAGUAGGACUUGUAACAUUCUUCCAUGUUUACAUCCCCUCCCGAUAGGUGCCUCUUGGGGCUGUAACCCGAAAAGGUUGCAGGUUCGAGUCUCAGUGCCGGCAGGAAAUGUAGGUGGGGGGAGUGAAUGAACAGUGCUCUUUUCCACUCUUGAGCAAGCCACCUAACCCCCACCUAACCCCCAAUCCCAAAAACGGCUGCCCACUGCUCCAGUGUGUGUGUGUUCAAUUCUGAGUAUGGGACAUGCACACAUCAUCUUCACUUUCACAUCCACACUCAGGUUCAUUUCCUUAAAUUCUGUUUAUUUAAGAUGUUGUUAUAGGAACAAUGAGUGAAAAGCGAGUGUAAAAUAAAGUAUGCUGUCACGGGUUGGUUCCACAAUGAGGCAAGUAUCUGUUAGCAACAGUCUUACAUUAUUCAACUAAAUAAAACCAAACAACAACAACAAAAAAACUCUGGCACAGGAGAAGUACACAAGAGCAACAUGAACCAACCUUAACACUGAACACAGACAAAGAAGGGUUUAAAUACACAGACCAAAAAAAAUGGAGCUAAACGAGACACAGGUGAACACAAUGGAUUGCUAAGGAAACAAAUGAUCACACAUUAGGAAACUAGGGCUGUAAACCGAAAGAGGGAGGAGGGAGAAAAUAGAAAAAAAAAAUUCCAUAGGAGGAGGGGCAGGAGGAAGAGUCCAUGGGGGAGUCUGCUGAGGAAGGAGCCAGGGAGGAGAUGAAGGAGGGAUGAGCCAGGGAGCAACCCAGAGCAGAUCCAUUAGGACAAAGGCCCACGGCAGAAACGAUGGAGGGAACUGAUUACGACACAGCUGUUUUACGAUUAGCUGGAUACAGCGGGUCACUGCGGGAAGCAGAAAGUGUCCCCCCAGCUUCUCCUUGACAGCAAGCGGCAAAUCUCGUCGAUUGGUUACAUCCAGCCACAGCCAAAGUUGAACACACCUGAAGACCCAGGUUGAGACCGACGGACAGGAGGCGGAACCGCAGACUCGCAGGACCAAGGCGGAGAAGGGGGCAGACCGGGGUGGAGCUGGUGGGAGUGAGGACAAUGGUGGAGCCUGAGGGAAUCAGGAUCCCAGUGGAGCCGAAGGGGUGGAGGGACGAGAUGUAGCCAGAGGCCCAGAAGUCCACUGCACCAAGGUGGAGCCGGAGGGAUAAGGGAGCCUGGUGGAGCCUGAGGGAUGAAGGACCACCGUGGAGCUGAGGGAAUGUGGAGCCAAGGUGGAGCCGAUGGGUCGAAGGGCCGAUGUAGAAUCCAGGGCUUGGACUCUUGAGGUAAAGCCAGGGGAUUGACACACCAGGGAGACCUGGAAGCCCAAAGUGGAUCCAAGCAGCUGGGCAGAGCCACUGAAGGAGGAGCCGAAGGGCUGAAGGGAGCCAGUGGAGGCACGUCAGAGGAGGAGGAAGUGGUAUGCUAAGGCGGGACCAGCGGCAAAAAAAGGAAAACUUGAGGCUGGGUGGGAUCAACUGGGAUUGGAGGCUUUGAGGAAUUAAAUCAUCCAGCUCAUCAUGCCAAUCCAUGGGGACCUCGCAUAGCAAACCUUUAGUGGUGGGAGUAUGGACAGGGUUCUACUCCAUAUCAAUAAACUUGACUAAAACUCCCUCUGGGGUGGAUGGCGGUACUGGCUUUCACCUGGACAGACUCUGCAUUUGGCUCAGGCUACAAGACAAAGAUGGCUUUGUUGCAGGCACAGGCUUUGAGUCUCCAGGGGGCUCAGGCAUGUAGUCCAUAAGGGGCGUGGCUUAAGGCUGGCUGAGCUUUGGGUCCAAUGUGGACUUGGAGCCCGUGUGGAGUGUGGACCUUUUGAGCAGAACGGCAUAGAGGAUGUAUUGCUCCAGGGUGCAGUUGCCUGUAUUCAGUGGCAUCAGAGAAUACAGAGGCUCAUCCAAACGGACAUGAAAACAGUCCAUUAAUGCCACCUCAUUAAACUCAACCUUUGAACAAAGUCCACAGAAUUCCCAUACAUAUUCCUCCAGAGGGCGGCCAUUUUGGGAUAGGGACAACAGCUGGUUGGCUGGGAGGAAUGCUGCAUGAUCCAUUCUUUCUUUAAAGGUCUGGUGUCCUGUCACAGGUUGGUUCCACAAUGUUAGCAACAGUUCUACUUUAUUAAAGUACUAAAUAAAAAGCACUCUGGCACAGGAGAACCACACAAGAGCAACAUAAACCAAUCUUAACAUUGAAGACACCAGAAAAAGAACUGAACUGAACAGAGGAUUUAAAUACACAGAUGUGUACACUGCAGUCACUUUGAUGGUUUUAACAAUGUCUUUAGUACCUUUCUGGGCCUCGAAAGUGAUGGUUAUAUUGCUGUCUAUGGAGGAGUCUCUCGGAUUUCAUCACAAAUAUCUUAAUUUGUGUUCCGAAGACGAGCGAAGGUCUUUCAGGUGUGGAAUGACAUGAGGGUGAGUAAUUAAUGACAGAAUUUUCAUUUUUGGGUGAACUAACCCUUUAAGAGUUAUAUUUGUUGCAUGCCUUAUUUGUAAUUACAAAUGGGUUUAAGAGGAACAGUUACUUCAGUUGUAAAGAUCACAAAACCACUUCAGCUUCCUCUAUGUCUGAGAUGGCAAGACCUAUGUAGAGGCUGAGGUUUGUGGGAGGAUACAUGUCACUUACCCAUCAUACAUACAUCACUCACAAAUCACUCCCUGAACAAUUAUGCUUCUCUUUUCACUGCAUUGAUAAGAUUCAUUCUUUUAACUUAGUUAUUUUAGCUAGCUAGUUGAUCUAAGUCUGCUCUAAUCAUCAUUGUGCUCUACAAGGUCAAUAUCAUCAAGAAUUCAGAAAACAUCUACAAAGAGUAAAGAAUUGAACCUGGACAAAUCUGAUCUGGUCUAACUGAAGUAGUUUGUGACGUUGCAGAACAACAUGACUGAUGAGGAGACAAUGGACCCUGACUAUGACAACUCUGACUACUACUAUGACACAGAAUAUGGCAACGAGUUGUGUAUCAAAGAGGAGGUGGUGAAAGUCGGAUCCAUUAUUAUUCCAGUCUUUUUCACAAUAGUGGUUGUGUUAAGCUGCAUUGGUAACAUCCUUGUUCUGGUCAUCCUGGCACUCUACGAGAGUCUCAAAUCCCUGACCAACGUCUUCAUCCUCAAUGUAGCUCUGUCAGAUCUGCUGUUCACGUUUGGACUUCCAUUCUGGGCCUCGUACUACAUCUGGGAUUGGACAUUCGGAGACAGUGGCUGUAAAGCGGUGAAGUUUCUGUUCUAUGUUGGCUUUUACAGCAGUGUGUUGUUCUAAACUCUCAUGACCAUUCAGCGUUACAUGGCAGUGGUUCAUCCUCUGUCUGACUGGGAGAAAUGCAGAGGAUUUUCUGUCGCUCCUUUCAUUGUUUGGAUCCUGAGUGGAGCAGUUUCACUGUUUGGCUCACUUCAUAGCAAAGUUAUACCACAUUUUAAUAGUACAUACUGUGAAUAUGGCACUACUGAAAUGAAAUCUGGCAUUGUUUAUUUUCAAAAUGCUUUCUUCUUCAUUGCAUUUCUAAUCAUGGGUUAUUGCUAUGGCAGAAUGCUUCAGACGAUAACAAAAUCACGGACCAAUAAGAGACACAAGACUGUAAGACUAAUAUUCUGCAUUGCACUGGUGUUUUUUGUUGGUUGGGCUCCAUAUAAUAUUGUUAUGUUCUUAAAAUCUUUGACAGAUCAGAAUAUCAAGCCAUUCACAGAGUGUGGAGUAAGCAUUGGACUCGACUAUGCAUGUUAUGCUUGCCGAAUGUUAGCUUUUACACACUGUUGCUUGAACCCUGUGUUUUACGUUUUUGUUGGUGUAAAGUUCAGGAAUCAUCUAAAACUGAUUCUGCAGAAGAUCUUUAAAAAAAAAAAAAAACUCGAUUCCAGUCAAGCCAGAUUGGCAAAAAAUCAAUCGCUGGGUUCAAUGUACUAAGAGAAAACUCAAGUACUUUUACCGAAUGCAGUGAAUCAACAAUGAGCUCUAAGAUGUUGUGAAUGUGUGAAUGAUGUACAUCACUCUUAAAAAUAAAGGUUCCAACAGGAGGUUUUUGCGACGAUGUCAUAGAAAAACCAUUUUUAGUUUCCCAAAGUGCCUUUCCGUGGUCAGUGCUUACAAGAACGAUUUUCUCUUAGUGUGAAGAAUGUUUUAGUAACCUAAAGAAACUUUUUCCAUUAUAAAGAACCUUUUGUGCAAUAGAAAGAUGUUCCAUCGAUGUUAAAGGUUACUAAGCCAUCAACUUGACCAUGAAAAUAAACAAUAAAAAACCUUUAUUUUUAAGAGUGUAGAGAUACUGUUGUAGCUACUGUAGCAUUGUUUUAUUAUUAUUAUUAAUGUGCUGCACUUGAUUAUUUGAAGAAUUUAUUGAGUCAUUGCACAGCUACUGCCGAUAUGAUUGCAAUAAUUUAAUAUGCAUGACUAAAAUUUUAAAAAAUGAAUGAAAUGUUGCCACUUUUCAGGAAAAUUCCUCUCUUCAUCAAGCAGCAAGAGCAUUCAGUUAUGAGAAAAUCAUGUUUUAAAUUAUAACCUAUAUUUUUCUUCCUAUUUGUGGUUGAAGUUCUCAUUACGAGGUCAUAUAAAAAUAUAACUGGAAGUAUGUAAUGAAAAAACCACUGACAAAUGUUCCAUUUUCAUACAUGUCGUCAUUUAUGCAGAAAAUAUUUUCACAUGAAAUUAAAAUACAUUUAUAUAUA